UAUCAACGUCAAUCUUACCAAAGUUAUGUAAAUCACAUUUGUAAAUACAGCUGUUCCUGUUGUGAUUAAAUUGUCAUACAGUGAAUGUUUCGAUUUAUAUAUCAUACAUACGUAUACAUAUACAUAUAUACAUAUAUAUAUAUAUAUAUGUAUAUAUAUUGUAAAUUUUUGUUAAAAAAUUUCAAGUAUCGAUCUACUUGUCAAUAUUAGAAAAGAGGAACAGCUCAAUAUUUUUGUGAAUCAUAUAUACAAAAGAGACAGUAUUUGACCUCCUUCUCUUCAGGAGCCAAAACAGUCAACUAGCAGCUGCUUUUGAGAGCAGAUCAUGUCAUAGCAAGUGAACUCUAUAUAAACAUAGGAAUAAAAGAUAUUCAUUCUAGUCAUCAUGUCUGACAAAGAUGAAAAGAAAAAUGAUGAGGCAAAGUCCAAUGUUGAUAAGCUUAACAUUCCUAUCGAAUGUCCAACUUCAUCUCGCCAAAUAGAAGAUGAUAAUCAUGCAAAACAACAAGGUAUACAAAAUAUGAUAAGCGGAUGGACUGGAGCGUCUCCACCGAAGUUUGUGUCUCAUGAAGAAAUUAUAAGAGCUGCAAAUGGAAUGACAAAUAUGGCUUUGGCACAUGAAAUUGCGGUGGAUAAAAAUUUUCAAUUACAAAAAUUGGAACCAGAUGAUGGUACUUUUCAUAGAAAAGUUAAAGAAAUAAUGCAUAAGGCUUUUUGGAAUUUGUUGGCAGAACAAUUGGAUGAAGAUCCCCCGAUUUAUACACAGGCUUUUAUUUUAUUGAAAGAAAUUAAAGAUACACUGGAUGAACUUGUAUUAUCACAUCAUUCAAAAAUUAAAGAGAAUAUUAAAGAAGUUCUUGAUAUUGAUUUGAUUCAACAGCAAGCGGAAAAAGGUGUAUUAGAUUUUCGCCAUUACGCAAAUUAUAUUAUUUCUAUUAUGGGCAAAGUUUGUGCACCAGUUAGAGAUGAAAAAAUACAAGAACUGAAAGAAAAAGAAGAUGUUAUUGAAACAUUCAAAGGCAUAAUGGAAGCUUUACAAUUGAUGAGAUUGGAUUUAGCAAACUUUACUAUAACUAUGAUGAGACCAAGUAUUGUUGCCUCAAGUAUUGAAUAUGAAAAGGCUAAGUUUGCAGAGUUUCUAAAAAUUAAUACAGAUGGUUUGCAUUAUACUAAAAAAUGGUUGUUGAAACAUCUUAAUGAAGAAGAAAUUGCAAAUGCUUCUAGUCAUGAUAAUCCUGUGAGACACAUUACACAUCGUCUCUUAACUGAAGCUUACCUUGAUCUCCUGGAAUGGGAUUUUAAUCCAGAUGCAGAAACUUUGAUGCUUGAUCAAGGUAGAUUGGUAGAAUUACGCGAUAAGACCAGCAGAUUGAGUAUAAUUGGUUCUAUAUUAUUGUUAACAAAUAAUACCGUUGGUGCAUCAAUACAAGGUGUUGCUAAGUUCAAAAUUAGUCUAAAAGAGGAUUUAACAGUGUUAUUAGAUUCGGUACAUUCAAACAAGGAUUUAGAAAAGGUAAUGCCAAAUAUUGUUUUGCAAGUGAUAAAAGACCUUAAGGCAACAUUAGAAGAAAUUGGUGCUGGAAAUUUAUCAACUGAUUUAGAAACAUCAUUGGAGGGGCAAAUAACAGAUUUGAUUAAACCGGAUCAUAAGAUUAGAAGCCUUGUUAAUUUGAGAAUUAGACAAUUUUUGCAAAGAAUUAUACAAUCUCAGAGUGCUAUUCCUCAGCAAGUACCAAUUGGUCUUUCAUCUCUACAAGAAGAAUUAACAGCUAUAGCAGCACAAUUUUUAAUACUCGUUUCUCAUAACAGAAGUGUGUUUGGGGAAUAUUAUCAAGAAAUUGUCAGUAAUGUACUUUCUUCUACAUAUAAUAAUGAUGUGGUAAAGAAGGUAGAACAAGAGAAUUCAAUUGAUUCAUAAAAUGAGAAUUUAUAUGGUUUUAUAUCAUAAAACAUUCAAAAAUCUGGGAAUAGUUUUACAAGUAAAUACUAUAAUGAUUUAAUAGUAAGGGAUAACACAAUCAUGGCAGUAUCAUGCAUAGGGACCUAUUGCCACUAAUACUAAUUACUUUUUUGUACUUUUAUUAAUUUAAAGUACUUCAAUAAUAUAUUCAUAUGUUUUAUAAAGGUUUAUAUAACAAUGAAUAUAAAAUAACACUUCUUUA